AUGAAAGGCGUUCUGCUACUCAGUCAGUUUUCAGAACUGAAUUCAACUGGUGUAAAAGUAGUGCUGUUCGAUGUUUCAUACCAAAUACUCUUCCAGAUUAAACUGACUAUGGCAAUACCACAUCCACAAAUUGAACAGCCAGAUCCGCCCGAAGAAUUAACAAGAUAUGAAGAGGCAUAUAGCAAUGGGGCGGUAACGUUUAACCAUUUGCAAGAUCUAAAAGCAGCCUGGCAAAGGCAGCAGCUCAGGGCAAUUAUACUACUUCCUCCGUGUGAACCGGACGCGUAUAAUCUGGAAGAAAAAUUCAAAACUUAUUACGAGGCCACGUGGGGAGAAUGGGGCUCUUCGUAUUCGUUGACGGCAUUCAAUACAAAUGGCGACUUAGAAAACUCAUUUCUGCAGAACUGCGUUAUGAUACAAUGGAAGUUAGAGGAAAAAGAAUUGAAUUUCGACAAGGCACCGUUUAUAAUUCACGCAAAAGCUCCUGGGAAUAACCUUCUGCGUUCGUAUGGUCCAUCGAUGCAAGUAUGCAUUCUGGGAUUAGAUCCACAGCUUCUCGAAAUCGCGAGGUUCGAGGCUGAAAUUAAACUUGAAGGAAGCAACAUAAAUCAACACACACUGGAACUGAUGGAGAAGCAAAAUGCUUUACCGCGCAGCGAGCGACUCCCUUAUGUUAAAUUUAAUUAUGAUGACUCACAGUUAGCGACAGCAGCAAAUGAUCUGGAUGAUGAACCGGAUUUCACAUUGAGGAAAAAAAGAAAGACUCGGAGAACGAUUGUCGAAGAGGCAACAAUUCGUUCGAAGGUGAAACGAUUAGUCAUCGAAUGUAGUUGGAAGCCUGAGGCGGGACAGAAUUUAUUGUGCAGAAGAGAAUUACGGGGAUGUAAGAACGAACAUGACGAUGAGUGUCGCAUGGGAAAUGGUGAAGAUUUUUGCUACAAACAUUGCAUCAAAGCAAAUUUUUUUCAACUGCGCUCGCAUCCGUUUAUUGUAUCACCCGGCAAACAACAACCAAAGGAUUCCGAACUAUUUCUGAACUACGCUUGGCGAGUCUUAACCAACCGACUGGUAGUAUCAGAUAUUGGAGGACAGCAUUUGAAUAAGCGGGUGGGAGAAUGCUCGUAA